GGGGCCCGUGUCACGUGACGCCUGCCAAGAUGGCGGCGGCGGCUUCGGCCGCGGCGACGCGGAAGCGGAAGUGGAUGCGCGGGGGCGCCGGGAGCGCGCGGCCUCUCCCCCCGCAGAGGGGCAGGAGCUCCGCGGUAGCCGCCUCCCGGAGAUGCCCGCGGCGCUCUGAGGCACCAUGCUCUUCACCGCCUACGCCGCCUUCGCCGUCCUCUUGGCCGUGUGCUUGGGCUUGGAGCUCUCCGCCUGCCGCUCCAAGCUCACCGGCAGCGCCUGCACCAACCCGGCCUUCCUCCGCUUCCAGCGGGACUACUACCAGGUGUACUGCCUGGCCCUGGCCGCCGACUGGCUGCAGGGCCCCUACCUCUACAAGCUCUACCAGCACUACCGCUUCCUGGAGGGGCAGAUCGCCAUCAUCUACGUGUGCGGCUUCGCCUCCAGCGUCCUCUUCGGGCUGGUCUCCACGUCCCUGGUGGACUGGCUGGGCCGCAAGAAAUCCUGCAUCCUCUUUUCUUUGACCUACUCCGUCUGCUGCCUCACCAAGCUCUCCUGGGAUUACUUUGUCCUGGUGGUCGGGAGGAUAUUAGGCGGCUUGUCCACAGCGCUCCUCUUCUCCGCCUUCGAGGCCUGGUACAUCCACGAGCACGUGGAGCGCUACGACUUCCCGGCGGAGUGGAUCCCCGCCACCUUCUCGCGAGCUGCUUUCUGGAACAACGUCAUCGCCGUCGGGGCCGGGGUGGUAGCCAACUUCUUUGCGGAGUGGCUGGGCCUGGGCCCGGUGGCCCCGUUCAUGGUAUCCAUCCCCCUCCUCAUGCUGACGGGCAUCUUUGCCAUGAAAAACUGGGACGAGAACUACGGGAAGAAGCGGGCGCUCUCCAAGACCUGCAUGGACGGCUUGAAGUGCCUCCUCUCGGACCGGCGCGUGCUGCUCCUGGGCACCAUCCAGGCUUUGUUUGAGAGCGUCAUCUACAUCUUCAUCUUCCUGUGGACACCCGUGCUGGAUCCUCACGGCCCACCCUUGGGCAUCGUCUUCUCCAGCUUCAUGGCAGCCAGCAUGGUGGGCUCUUCUCUCUAUCGGAUUGCCAUCUCCAAAAGGUACCACCUCCAGCCCAUCCAUGUCCUCUCGCUCUCCGUCCUUAUGGUUUUCUUCUCCCUCUUCAUGCUCACUUUCUCCACCAACCCGGGCCAGGAGAGCCCUUCGGAGUCCUUCCUGGCUUUCUUGCUCAUCGAGCUCUCCUGCGGUCUCUACUUCCCCGCCAUGGGCUUCCUCCGGCGGAAGGUGAUCCCGGAGAAGGACCAGGUGGGCGUGCUGAACUGGUUCCGCGUCCCCCUGAACCUGCUGGCCUGCCUCGGCAUGCUCAUCCUCCACGACAGCGACUACAAGACGGGCACCAGGAGCAUGUUCACCAUCUGCUCCGUGCUGAUGGUGAUGGCGCUGCUCGCCGUCGUCAGCCUCUUCACCGUCGUCCGCAACGACGCGGAGCUCCGGCUGCCCGCUCCGCAGGGACAGACGGACCCGUCUUCCCCCGAGCUCUGACGACGGCAAAGUCGGCACCGUGCGCGGCGGCUGUGAGCUCGGGGGACCGAGGAUCGCCUGUGUCCGACCCCGAGACUCCUGCACUGCUGGAGGGGGUCCGCGGAGCCCGGCGAGGGGAAGCGGCUGUGACCGGUCAAUGCUCGCUGUAGGAACACCGUCACAGCUGACAACAGCGCGGGUGAACCCCUGGCUGACCGGUGAUUCCCAAAGCCUCCCAACCCCGGCUGCCUCCCUCUCCUUCCUCGCGUCUUCUCCUGUGCAGCUGCCAAGCGGCCGAGGCGGCGGGGAAGGCCGUUGUGGCGGGCGGAGCAUCGGAAGCGCCCGGCGCCGGGCUCCUCGGGAUAGCGGGAGGCGACAAGGCGCUGCUGGUGCCGGCUGCGUUACCCCGGUGCUCCGCGCGCCGAGCUCGGCAGCCCUCUCGCCUGUUUGUUCUGGUUUUUAAAAAAGAAAAUAAAAAGUGUUUCCUCAGA